AUGACAAAGGUAGAAUAUGAAGACAAAGGGUUCAGGAGACCAUCCACUGAAAAACUUUACACCCUUGGACCUUGGGCAAGGUUCAAGCAGAAGGAAAGGAGGGAAGGCUGUAGUUCAAGCAGAAGGAAAUCAGCUUUUGGAAUUUUUAAACUUCCGAAGGCAAUAGACGCAGAGGCAAAAAUUAUAAGAGAAAAAUGGAUUGCAAUUAUUGAACGAAAUAGAGAGCAAGAUCCCUCGUUCAAAGAGCAGAAAGCGCGAAAUUCAUUGCAUAUUUGCGAAUUGCAUUUUGCUCCAGAAGACAUUGAACACAGUGUUGACAGAAAGAAAGUCAGAUUUGGAAGUUUACCAUCACAGAAUCUGCCAAAAAAAUCAUUUGAAAAAGACGCAGAACCAAGUUUUUUGCAAAUUGAAAAACGUGAAAAACAAGAGGUGCCAUUAAGCAAGCCAAAGCGAGCAUGCAAGAGUUUCGAUUUAUUUUCUGAAUCAGUGGCCAAGCUUAAGUUAAAUGGGUGGGACCGAAAACUUAAUGAUAGCAGUUAUAUCUUUGAAAGGAAAGAAAAAGGAUUUAUUGCUAGCAAAAUCAAAGUAAAUGUUGAUGAAAGCCUUGACUUCGCAGUGACUAUUUUUGGAUUGUCUUUUCCAGAUGAUCAUUACAUUUACAAAAAGUAUAAAAGAAACGUCAGAAUUCACAGUAUAGCAUCAUUGUUGCAAGAACUAUUAAAGCUUACUGUUUGUGAAGGUGUGGACAAGUUUCAUGAUGGCCUCAAUAGACAUUCUGUUGCAAGAGAAAUUGAUCUAUUUGAAAACAAUUUUCAAGGUGGAAAUGAAGCUCAAGAUCAUAGUAAAGAUUACUUUAGAUCAAUGAAUUGCAAACUUCUUUCAGAGAAAGCAACUUAUGAAAACUGCAUUCCUGCACAACCUCGCAAAAAAAGGACAAAAAAGACUUGUCCCCAGCUAAAAUUAAAGCCCCAGUUUCAAGAACAAGGCCAGAGAAAUUGAAACUAGCUUUACAAAAGCAAAGAUUAGAAUGUAAAGAUUUAAAAAGACAGAUUUAAAAGAUGAAAAGUGACACAGAGAACAACUCAGUGGUAGUUGAUGACCAAUUGGAGAAAGAUAUUGGCAUUAUUAUUGAUGGAAACGAAGAGAAACAAAGUCCAUUUAUGAAGCUUUUUUGGAGACAACAAUAAGAAGCUUGGGAAAGAAAUGAAAAAGGAAUUAGGUAUCAUCCAAUGGUAAUUCGAUUCUCACUCUCAAUUGCUGCAAAAUCACCAUCUGCUUAUGAAGAGCUCAGGUCAAGUGGGUUAUUGAAGCUACCAAGCAAGAGAACCCUUAGAGAUUACAGAAAUGUGGUUAAACCUAAGCAGGGUUUUAACAAGCAGAUCAUUGAAGAGUUAUCAUUUAUUACUUCAAGUUUCUUUGACGUUCAGAGAUACAUUGCUUUUUUGUUUGACGAAGUGAAAAUCAAGAAUAAUCUUGUUUGGGACAAGCAUUCUGGACAACUUGUAGGUUUCAUGGACCUUGGUGAUCCUGACCUGAAUGUUGCUAGUGCUGAGAAAGAGACACAUUUGCUGGUAAUCUACUUGAGAGGGGUCUGUACAAAUCUCAAAUACCCAUUUGCUAACUUUGCAACAACAUCAGUAACAUCAUUCCAGCUCUUGCCAAUCUUUUGGAACUGUGUUCUUUACUUGGAGAAGGCAUGUAAUCUGUGGGUGUUAGCUGUUGUGAGUGAUGGUGCAUCAGCAAAUAGGAAAUAAUAGAAAAUUAAGUUGCACCGAAAAAUGGGAGACAAAACAGACAAUGAGGUGACACAUUGUGUUGUGAAUCUUUAUGUGAAACACCGUUAUAUCUACUUCUAUUGACUAUGCUUACAACAACUGUCCAAUCAACUCUCUUCACUUUUGUAUCACUGCAACCCGACAAUUUGCCUAUUCAAUACAAUAUGUUGUAUCAGGUAAACUGCUCGCAGUCAACAAUUCUUCUUCUUGUGAGUCACACCUUUUGUUGAUGUCGUUUAUAACAAUUUUAUGCAAACUUUAACGAUUAAGUGGUCCAUUUCCUCGUUAUGAAAUCAGUUUUAUCACGUUGCAUGUGAGGCCAAUAGAAGCGUUCUCUAGUCAACUGUACCACCUAUUUGCCCCAUUUUAACGUGAAGCUCAUCAUAACCAUCAUAACCACACUAAAGUUUGCAGUGCUCUUGGUAAAACGGUCUGUGUGUUCUGUCCUGAAAUUGUUGUUAAGAUGCCAUCACUAUCAAGUUUCAAUCUGUUCCAUUCAUAAGCAAGCAAUCUGGUCAAGUUCCUUCAUUUGAUUUGGUGUUGGUCUCUUUCCCGUUUUCAUCAUGUUUACAAUCUUCCGGAUGCUUGCAUCCUUGUCUUGUUCUUUCUGCACACUGACUUUGUCUAUCUUCUUUGCAGCGAAACUCUCAUCGGGAAGGUGAUUAUUACUGAAAAGAGCGGCUGAUGGAUCUGUAAGCACAUAUACCCAAGCAGUGUCCUCAUUAGAUCUCUGUUGCACAACAUGAAUUGUAGCAUUGACCAUAUCAAGUGUACUUUUGUUUGUGCAUGUUGACAUAUACUUCUCCAUAUCAUAAGGAAGUGUCGAGAGAGCAUCAGCAUCACCAUUGGAUUUUCCUGGCCUGUACUGAAUUGAGAACUUAAAAUCUGCUAAUUCUCCAACCCAUCUAAGAGCAGUUGCAUUCAAUUUUGCUGUGGUUAGUACGUUUGGGAGUGGGUUGUUAUCAGUAAAAACUUGGAAUGGUGGAGAAUAAUACAAGUAGUCCCUAAAAUGUUCAACAAUGGCCCAUUUCAUGGCGAGAAACUCAAGCUUCCCGCAAUGCAUGUGGUAGUUUCUCUCACUACGAGUUAGAGUCCUGGAUCCAUAUGCAAUAACUCUGACUAAUCAAGUGUUUGAUCAACUCUUGCAGUGCUGUCUGAUGUUCUUCUGUCCAUUCUACUUUUGAUGAUGAUGACACUUGCCCAUUGUGAUUCUUUCUGUCUCUUCUCUGAUAUUGGCUUUUGACUUGGCUUUCAUUAGAAGUGAGUAGCUCAU